UGUUGAUGUCACUUUUGAUGUCUAGGCACCAUAUUUCUAAACCAAAAACAAAAACAGUAUUCUGUAACACUAUAAAACCACUUCCAAGAUCUCCAAAUUCUCAAGUCAUCUAGCACUUACUAACAAUGAAGUUCAUUUCUGUAUUCCUUGUUGCAAUCCUGGCGAUCGGAGCAUUCUGUGCAACAGAAACCGAGUCCAAGAUGAAGAUGGGAGGAUCGGGAUCGGAUGUGAAGACGGAGAUGAACAUGAAUUCCCAGACACCGCACACCCUUGAACGUCGCUCGGAAACCCAAUCCAGUAUGAAGAUGGAUGGGCAAGGAUCCGGUGUGAAGACUGAAAUGAACAUGAACUCCCAGACACCGCAAAUCCGUGAUACCCGUUCGGAAACCGAGACAAAGAUGAAGAUGGAAGGACAAGGAUCAGACAUGAAAACUGAAAUAAACCAGCAAAUGGAUACUCCACACACCCUCGAACGCCGCUCGGAAACCGAAUCACAGAUUAAGAUGGAAGGACAGGGAUCCGGUGUGAAGACUGAAAUGAACCAGCAAAUGGACGCUGAAGCUCCACACAUCCGUGACCGUCGCUGGGGAUACUACGGUGGAAUGGGAGGAUACGGCAUGGGAUACGGAAUGGGAUACGGAGGAAUGGGAUAUGGAAUGGGAAUGAGAAGAUUCGGAUACGGGUACCCAAUGUGGGGAUAAGCUGUGCAAUCACUACUGUGUAAUUAUGUAUAAACUAUGUAAAAUUGAAGAAAAUAAAUAUUUUGCCUACCUCAA